AAAGUGGCCUAAUAUAAUAAAUGCUAAAGUGGGAGCCACUUUUUAGUAUUUGUUAUACCACAGCAUCAUGUUCUCUUGUUUGCACUUUUGUCCAUGUAGGCAAAAUACAGAAAUAGUCUGUCACACUACAAGCAGCAGAGCCUUCCCUUCCUUCCCCAGUAGAUGUUUAUUCUUACACUGAGGUUCAUUAAGUUUCCAUCACCUUCAGCUUCCAUUAAGGCUCCGGUGCUCAUCUAUUUCUAACUCGGCAGCCUCAGGGUGAGUUUCUGAGGUAUGAUGACAUGGUUCUCCGAGCACUGGCUUUCUGACUGGGUCCAUUAUUCAUGUGAGAUUAGCGAGGCUCUCUCUGGAGUGACAGACUGCACUGUGCCACAGAUUCCUGUAGGCGCCCUUCUCGCCAUGCGCUCUCACUGGGUCGCAGCCUGACGCACUCGGGGAGGACGGUCCUCCGCUGUCACACCGCCGAGGGAGGGAGAGAGAGAGAGAGAGACAGAGAGAGAGAGAGAGAGAGAGAGAGAGAGGGCAAACUUUGCGUGAUUGUGGCUGAGACGCUUUCACCUUGGCAGUCGCGGCAACCACCGACCGAACAUACCUCAGCUUAAAUUCCCAACAUCCGCUGGUGACAGAGCGGUUGAGGAUCCCCCCCCUCGGGAGAGACAGGGGCUGCAUCCUCUGAAGCCGUUCAUGCCGGCUAAAGUUUAUGAGCAGAGAAGAUAAAGACCCAGCUGGCUCCCUUUUGGUAAACUUAUUGGGAAGUCGCUCGUCGCCGCCAACGGAAAUGGGCACCUUACGCGACCUCCAGUACGCGCUCCAGGAGAAGAUAGAGGAGCUGCGGCAGAGGGACGCACUCAUCGAUGAGCUGGAACUGGAGCUGGACCAGAAAGACGAGCUCAUACAGAGACUACAGAACGAGCUGGAUAAGUACCGCUCCGUAAUCAAACCGGCAACCCAGCAAGUCCACAAGCAGAAUGAGCUGCACGAGCAGCAGCGGACGAAGAGGCAGGCAAUCUCGGCCGAACCCACUGCCUUCGACAUCCAGGAUCUUAGCCAUGUCACCCUACCUUUCUACCCCAAAAGCCCACAGUCUAAGGAUCUGAUCAAGGAAGCCAUCUUGGACAAUGACUUCAUGAAGAACCUGGAGCUGUCGCAGAUCCAAGAGAUUGUGGACUGCAUGUACCCUGUGGAGUAUGGAAAGGACAGCUGUAUCAUUAAGGAGGGCGAUGUGGGAUCGCUGGUCUACGUUAUGGAAGACGGGAAGGUGGAGGUGACGAAGGAGAGCCUGAAACUCUGCACCAUGGGGCCGGGAAAGGUGUUUGGAGAGCUGGCUAUUCUCUACAACUGCACCAGGACGGCCACUGUCAAGACUCUAACAAAUGUGAAGCUGUGGGCCAUCGACCGGCAAUGUUUUCAGACGAUCAUGAUGAGGACGGGCCUCAUCAAGCACACAGAGUACAUGGAGUUUCUGAAAAGCGUCCCCACAUUCCACGGCCUCCAGGAAGAUAUUCUGAGCAAGCUGGCAGAUGUCCUUGAGGAGACACAUUAUGAAGAUGGAGACUACAUCAUCAGACAGGGGGCCAGAGGAGACACCUUCUUCAUCAUCAGUAAAGGAAAGGUUAAUGUGACCAGGGAAGACUUGCCCAACGGAGAGCCUGUAUACCUGCGCACCCUCUCGAAAGGAGACUGGUUUGGAGAGAAAGCACUGCAAGGGGAGGACAUCAGGACAGCCAACGUCAUUGCGGCAGAGGCAGUCACCUGUCUAGUCAUCGACAGAGAUUCUUUCAAGCACCUGAUUGGAGGUUUGGAGGAUGUGUCCAGUAAAGGCCACGAGGAUGCUGAUGCCAAAGCCAAGUAUGAAGCAGAGAAUGCGUUUUUCUUCAGUCUCAACCUAGCUGACUUCAACAUCAUUGACACCCUGGGGGUCGGUGGCUUUGGUCGUGUCGAGCUGGUUCAGCUCAAGAGUGACGAAAACAAAACCUUUGCCAUGAAGAUCCUGAAGAAGCGGCACAUCGUGGACACAAGACAGCAGGAGCACAUUCGUUCAGAGAAACUCAUCAUGCAGGAAGCUCACUCUGACUUCAUUGUUAGACUCUACAGAACAUUCAAGGACAGCAAGUACCUCUACAUGUUGAUGGAAGCUUGUUUAGGAGGAGAGCUGUGGACCAUUCUUCGAGACCGGGGUUCAUUUGAGGACUCAACCACCAGAUUUUACACAGCUUGUGUGGUGGAGGCCUUCGCCUACCUGCAUUCCAAAGGAAUCAUCUACAGAGACCUCAAACCGGAGAACCUUAUAUUGGACCACAGGGGGUAUGCCAAACUGGUUGACUUUGGCUUUGCCAAGAAGAUUGGAUUUGGGAAGAAGACGUGGACCUUUUGUGGGACGCCGGAGUAUGUAGCGCCAGAAAUCAUUCUGAACAAGGGCCAUGACAUCUCAGCUGACUACUGGUCUCUAGGAAUCCUCAUGUUUGAGCUCUUAACUGGCAGCCCUCCAUUCUCGGGCCCUGAUCCUAUGAAAACCUACAACAUCAUCCUGAGAGGCAUUGACAUGAUUGAAUUCCCAAAGAAAAUUACCAAAAAUGCUGCCAACCUAAUCAAAAAGCUAUGCAGGGAUAAUCCGUCUGAACGACUGGGAAACUUGAAAAAUGGUGUCAAAGACAUCCAAAAGCACAAAUGGUUUGAGGGCUUUAACUGGGAGGGCCUGAAGAAGGGGACAUUGACGCCUCCUAUUAUCCCCAAUGUCACAUCAGCAGUCGACACAAGUAACUUCGACAGCUUCCCAGAAGACAACGAGGACCCGCCCCCCGAUGACAACUCCGGCUGGGACGUUGAUUUUUGAAUUCCUCCUUUCCCCUUAAAACCAAAAGAAACUUUUGUUGGCUUGGAGGCCAUCAUGAGCACAUGGCUGUGUUUAAAAAAAAAAAAAAAGAAAAGAAAAGAAAAAAGAAACUGCUUUAAAAAAAAGGGAAGAGAGCAUAUGGAAAAGGAGAUAAAAUGGAUGGCAAACCCUCCAGGUCACCGAUAUGCCUUUAUUUCACUGUGGCUCUGGAACAAGCAUUUAUAGUGGGACUGCUGUAGCACUUCUUCAGUGUUGUCUUACACUCGGCUCUAACGGCAAAGGCAAAGAACGUGCAGGGAUACACAUAUGUACACACAAUACAUAGACACACACGAUACAACAGAGGCUGACAAUGGAGCCGGGUUUUCCCUCAUAACAGGGAAACAUGUUGAGUGGUUGGAUGAAUGUUCAAGAGGAUAAAUAAUGGUGAAAAUGUGAUGAAGUACUUCCUCUCACAAAGAGAGGAAGCUGAUGAUUGAUUUAUUUUCUGUGUUUUUUUCUCCGCAAGAUUUGGUGAAAUUUUUGGUGGACUUUAGGAGUAUUACUGCAGUUGUUCCUUGGUUUUUGACAUGCAGCUGCAUGCUGCAAUCGCUGAUACUUUCCAGACAACUUCGCACUACAGUUUGCAAGUUAAACUGGUACCAAGUGCUCAAGACUUAACCUGAAUGUCACUGAUUUUAUUCUUAUUCUCAACGUCCAUACAGCAUACAGCAUGUACGGUACGUAGUAUUUGAAUUUACAAGGUACAUUCUUGCACAAGAACACAACUGGGCUAAAAUCAAAUACUAGUACACUUAAUAUAAGACUAACCUACCUUGAAAAGCACAAACUGUGCAUUCAGUGGAAAGAGACAUGACUCUUUAAGUGCCCUGCUUAAAAUUUAAUUGAAUCACACACCGACACACAUGAAAUGUCAGCUAGUAUUUCCAUAAAGCAAUUAAGACCAUUAACUGAGAAAGUCAGCAGUUAUUUUAAGCUUCAGUGGAUGAAGUCACACUUGUUUUUUUUCUCUCCAAAAUGCUUUUAAUCACGCAUAUGAACGCUUUAUACCCAAAUGCCACACAAAUGCCUCGUCCUCUAUUCGCUCCUGUAUAGUUCUGACAUAACUGUGAACAUGGUUUCAAUGUCUUUGGUGCUGUUAUUGAUAAAUUAUAAUAAGCGAUGGUGAGAUGACAGUACUUGUUAUUGUUUUUGUAUAGUGAUUUUUUGUGCUUUAUUUCUUUGUAACGUACUUGACCUCCUUUAGAAGAUUGGAAACUUGUGUCGAUUUGUAAACUUGAGUGAAGAUUCAUUUGAUUAUCACUUGACACCAUGUUGCAUUGUGCUGAGUGGUAUUCUCAAGGUUUUUAAGCAGGUUUUAACCAUCGUAAGUGCAUCCGUAUGAGGUAACCAUCCUCCUCUUUAGAGGCCAAACUUACCACAUUCACAUUAUCUUAAGACUAUCUUGACUUAACAUCAACUUAAGACAGGCAGCGAAAGAAAAAAAAAGGAGAUUACAUUUUGUGAAACUCACAACGUAGCACCAUGAUCUCUUGCCCAGCUCAUUACCUCUCAUGUCCAAAAGUCAGACCAUAAAAUCAGAAGAAAUGUAAGUGCCUUAAAUCAAUGGCAUACAAAUUUCACAUCACAAGUCCUUCUCGAUGCUGCAUGAACACAUAUACACCUCAAAAAUGUAUGUGUCCUCUUAGAUGGCUGCUUCUCAUCCUUUGUUAUAGCUAAUAAAUACAUUAAUCACAGCUAAAAGGUAGUUUCUAGUCAUUUGAUGGCUGAGGAAACCAUAUUUAUAUGAAAUAAAAUUCCUGCUUACCCCUUUGAUUUAUCUCACAGGAACAUUUAUGAACAGUAAAAUGCUAAAUAAAAAAAAAUAAAUCUGUCGUACUUGAUAUGGCUGCAAUGACAUGCUUUUCUCCACAUAUCUAAUGUGGUCUCCUAACCACAAAUGGCCUGGUAUAAAACAAACAAUAAAUUGUGGCUCUGAGGGACCAUCAGUCACCGGAAAUCUGAGCAUUUAGAGAUGGCAAGAAUGAUUUGCAGUUUUGAGCGUUUGACAAACAUGAAGACAGUAUUCUUGUUUACCACUGUUGACAAUCUUUGAUGAAAUGAUAGCAUUGAUCGUAAUGCAUCAUCAUCCAAAUUCUCAUUUUAUUGUUUGGUUUGAAUAAAGCUGAACAGCUCACAUCAUAAUUCAUCCCAGGAAGCAAAACAGAACUGACACACUUAAGUUUACUCUGUAUCAUAUAAAUCAUUUUAAAAUACAAUUGAAAAUGAGAAGAAAUCUUACUUCUGUAGGCAAACCUUAAGCAUUUUACUGUUUUAAGAGCAGGUUAUGUUUAUCACAAAGCCUUAUGUAUGCCAUCACUUUACAAACCACUGGUUUUGAGUCUUAUAUUGAUCGCCUUCUGCAAUGUUACCUGAUAUUUGCCUUGUGUUAUGUUGUCAAUUCUGCUGUAAAUUGAUUUUGCAGAGUGCCACGUGUAAAAUUUUUAAAAUUAUAGAGUAAAACCAAUACUUUUGAGUGGU